CUUCACUACCAGACAGCACUCUCUCAAGGUUGUUCACCUCUCACGCCUUCUACCGCUGUUGGCGGCUGCAGUACGAUAUGUCUGCAUGGCAUCCCAGCCGAGUUCGGGCCCUGGCGUGGCUCGGUCCGCAUCCGGAUGACUCAGAAAAUUCCAAUGGCUGAAGUUGACGGCAGGCGGACCCGUGGACAUUUGAGGUCUAGAUUUGGGUGACUGAUAACGAUAUGCACCUGCGUCACUUCGCGGAAAAAAAAAACCUUUACUGGUGCCAUUGGGUCUUCAUUGACAAAGAAUUGAUUUUCGAUUGAACUGCCGGACGCUUGAGUAAUUGAAGAGAUUCCAGCGAGGAAGAACAAUAGCAAUCAAGAUCGAAAGUCUUCGUUGACUUCAAAGCUAUCACAAGAGACACUUGCGGAGACCACACGAUCGUCAAGCAACCAAGGGUGAUAACCAUUCAAGUCAGAUCCCACGACCCAAAUUCAAAUAUCUACCAACAUGGCUGCCAUGCGCCUGGCUCGUCCCCUCUCGACGUUCACAUCCAGUCAAAGUCAAUUCCAACGACUCAAGUGCAUCCCGUUCACAAUCCGACAAUAUGCAACAUCAUCAUCACCGCCGCCAACUCAACCCAAAACAUCACCCUUUGCUCCGCGCCAUCUCAUGUCCAUCGCCGACCUCACGCCUCAAGAAUUCACCACCCUCGUGCAAAAUGCACAGCACUUCAAAACCCAAGUGAAAUCCGGCGCCGGCCUCUCCCCUAGCCUCCGCGGCGCUCUCGCCGGACAAACUCUCGCCUUGACCUUCACCAAACGCAGCACCCGCACACGCGUCAGCACCGAAGCCGCCGUGGCCCUCCUCGGCGGGCACCCAAUGUUCCUCGGCUCAGGCGAUAUCCAACUCGGCGUGAACGAAAGCCUGCACGACACCUCCGUCGUAAUCUCCAGCAUGGUCUCGGGGAUUUUCGCACGAGUAAACGGCCACUCCGACGUCGUAGGCCUCGCACAACACUCCAGCGUGCCCGUCAUCAACGCCCUAAGCGACGCCUUCCACCCGCUGCAAACCGUCGCCGACUUCCUCACCCUGAUCGAAGCCUUCCCCUCGCAAACAACCUCCAAAUCCACGCUCGGACUCGAGGGGCGCAAAGUCGCCUGGAUCGGCGACGCGAACAACGUGCUCUUCGACCUCGCGCUGGGCUGCGCCAAGAGCGGCGUGGACAUCGCCGUCGCCACACCCGCAGGCUACGCCAUCCCCACCGCGAUGGAGAAACUCAUCACCUCCACCGCCACCGAGUCAUCCCUGUCCUCCCGGCUGACCCAAACCACCUCCCCCCUCGAAGCCGCGCGCGACGCCGACGUGCUGGUCACAGACACCUGGAUCAGCAUGGGCCAGGAGUCCGACAGUGCGCAGCGGAUCAAGGAUUUCGCGGGCUACCAGAUCACGCACGCGAUGGCGCGCGACGCGGGGGCCAAGGCGGACUGGAAAUUCAUGCACUGUCUCCCGCGCCAUGCCGAGGAGGUCCACGACGAAGUCUUCUUCGAUCAGGCGCGCAGUUUGGUGUUCCCUGAGGCGGAGAACAGGCUGUGGGCGGCGCUGGCGGUGUUGGAGGCGUUUGUGGUGAAGAAGGGGAAGAUUGAGGAUGCGACGAAGUCUUCUUGAGAUUUCAAACGAAGAGUACAUGGAGGGGGGAGGGAAGUUGAUGAAGAGGGUCAGAGACAGAUGGAAAGGAGUUUUGUCAUAUUGUGGUACUAAAAGAUUGUGUUCAUACAAGCCGAGCAGAGUGUGUAAUUCGCGAAGACUAUGAUAGGUUUCCUCUUGCAUUACACUUUCGAUCAUUUCCUGUAAGACGAAUCUCCAAAUAACAUGCGAUUGUUGUAGC